UCGCGCCCUUCUCAUAUCUUUAUAUUUCUAUUUCUAUACACCUGUAUUUUUCCUUUAGCAGAAAAUGGAGCAAACAGAGACGGAGGUGAAGGAGAAAGGAGUUUCUUCCUCUCAGAGCGGAGUUGUUGUGCAAGUUCGGGAGAAGAAGGGAGCUCUGCGCGCGGCCAUCCCCUACAUGCCCUUCCCUGUGGCUGUCCUCUGUCUCUUCCUCAACACCUUCAUCCCAGGCCUGGGUACAUUCAUCUCAGCCUUCACAGUGCUGUGUGGUGCCAGGACUGAUCUACCGGAUAGACAUGUGUGCUGUGUGUUCUGGCUUAACAUUGCUGCUGCCUUCAUCCAGAUUGUCACUGCUGUGGUCAUGGUGGGCUGGAUCAUGAGCAUAUUCUGGGGCAUGGACAUGGUCAUCCUUGCAAGCUACAAGGAGCAGACAUCCGCCCAGCAGUUAUGAACCCUGUCUGAGAAUAAGCUUCCUCUCACACUUCACCACUUCUGGCCACAUUCUCUGGAUAACCACCACAAAAAGAAGGGCUAAACGGCUAAGCUAGUCAGGAUUUAAGGCUGAAAAAAUAUAUACAUUCUGUAUAUAGUGUUUUGUUAUUACUAGCAGAAUCAUGCUCAUGUGUACCAAGUCUUUUCUUUAAUCUGUCUUCUUGAAGCUUAAAGUAGAUUUACAGUACAAACUGUUAGACAGCUAUUCUAGCAACACCCAGACCAGUACCGGCCCACAUACAGUAACCCUCUGCAGCGAUUGUAAGGAACCUGUCCAGUACAUACAGCUGACCAUGCCCAUAUCUCAGGGAUGUUGGGCCACUUUUGGCCUGUAGUUGAAAAUGUUUUGUUGUUGUCUUUUUCUUAAAUCCCAGAUGUUACCAGAACUGAUCCUUAUGCUACAACCUUAAUUUGACCUGCUGUCUGGGUUCAAUGCAAGCCUGACCUUAGAUAAUGUUUGAUAGUGAACUACUUCCUGUACACUACACUGCACCCAAAAGCCACUUCAUUUGGUAUGCUUUUUUUUCCAGUACUAGUUUUGACCUCUUUUGCCUCAUAACUGCCUUAAUUCUUCAUAGCAUAGAUUCAGCAAGGUGCUGGAGAAAUUCCUUAGAGAUUCUGGCCCAUAUUGACAUAAUAGCAUCACAUAGUUCCUGCAUAUUUGUCAGCUGCACAUCCACGAUGCGAAUCUCCUGUUCUACCACAUCCCAAAGAUGUGCUAUUGGAUUGAGAUCUGGUGACUGUGGAGGCUAUUUGAGUACAGUAAACUCAUUCUCAUGUUUGAAAUGACUUGUGGUCAUAAAGAAAAUGUCAUGGUCAGCGACAAUACUCAGGUAGGCUGUGACAUUCAAACAGUUCUCAGUUGGUAUACAGAGAUCCAAAAUUGCCCAAAAGAAAAUAUCCCCCACAGUAUUACCACCUGAAAUGUUGAUUUAAGGCAAGAUGGAUCCAUGCAAUAUUGUUUAUGCUAAAUUCUGACCCUACAUACCACCCUAAAAUCAAGACUUAUCAGAUGAGGCAAUGUUUUUCCAACCUUCUUUUGUCCAGUUUGAUGAGUCCAUGAGUCAUGAGUUAUAGCUUUAGUUUCCUGUUCUUAGGAGUAGUACACUGUGUGGUCUUCUGUUGCUGUAGCCCAGCUGCUGCAAGGUUCAACAUGUUUUGCAUUCAGAGAUGCUCUUCGACAUACCUCGGUUGUGACAAGAUGUUACAGUUAUUUGAGUUCCUGUUACCUUUAUAUUAGUCAAUCCAGUCUGGCCAUCCUCAUCUGACCUCUGGCAUCAACAAGGCAUUUUUGCCCAAAAAAUUGCUGCUUACUGGAUAUUUUUUCACUCUUUUUCAGACCAUUCUAUGCAAACCAUAGAGAUGGUUGCGCUUGAAAAUCCCAGUAGAUCAACAGUUUCAGAAAUACUCAGACUGAAAACUGCGUUUCUUCCUCAUCCUGAUGCUCAGUUUGAACUUCAGCAGAUUGUCUUGUCCAUGUCUACAUGACUAAAUGCGAGUUGCUGUCAUGUGAUUGAUUAGAUAUUGGCGUUAAUGAGCAAUUGAACAUUUAUAGAUAAUUAAACUGCUGGUGAGUGUAGAGAGCCCUCAGUCCACGAGAUAAAAUAAUGUAAUUUGAAUGUGAUUUAUUUCACUGACUUACAGUAUAUACAAAGACUAUUUUUAUUGACUAUUAUUAUAUUUGAAAAAAAGAUCAGCUUAGUCAAAAUCUUUGUAUUUGUUAUUAAAAGUAACAUUAAAUGUUGUAAACAUUGUAACAUUUUUAAUACUGUUUUUUUUUUUGCAUCUCCUGAGAUAUUUAUACAUAAAGUGUGUGAUUUUUAGGUUUUGUUGUUCAACUAACACCAAAGUUUCAAAUAUCCCACUUUUGUUGAAUAAGUAGGUGUGUCAGUAGAUACUGUAGAUAUCUGAUGUGUUUACCUGUUUAUAGCAUUUAAAAAAAGGCUAUUGUGUAAAUAAUUGUUUAUUCAGACGAAACAGGAAACAAAACUGCCUGUCAUUUUAAGACUUCAAACAAAGCAAACCUGUGACAAAAUUCAGCUACAAUAAAAUUAAAUAUGAAUUGUGACAUUUCUGUUUUUGGUAUUGUGUUGUAUCUAAUAAACCGUUCCUAAAACACUGUUGAGUAAUGCUUCUGUUUUAAAUGUUCCAUAGGAAGUGUGUGA